AUGGCAGAAGCUAAAUCACUGGAAGAUCUCUUUUAUGAAGAGUGCUCCAAAGCCGGUGCCAACGGGUUGACCACAACCGACUUUUUGACGCUUCAUGCACAAUGUGAUCCAAAGGACACAGCCCUGGCUAUGAAUGCUUUGCUGACAAAAGGCUACAUUGAGGUUUUUCAAGUCAGAGGCGAACUGAUCUACAAGGCACUAAAGAAGGAGGACGUGGGAAAAGCUGGAGCGUUGCAUGGAGAAGAGCAAGUGGUGUACAACACGAUUCGAUCAUCCGGAAACGAGGGUAUCUGGACGAAGCACUUGAAAUCAAAAACGAAUCUUCAUGAGGCCGUUAUUAAGAGAUGUCUGAGAGCCCUUGAACAAAAGGCACUGGUUAAGGCCAUCAAGUCAGUCAAACACCCGACAAGGAAGCUGUACAUGCUAAUGGAGCUGACGCCUUCAGUCGAGGUUACAGGAGGACCUUGGUUCACUGAUCAAGAGCUGGAUGUCGACUUCGUGGAGCAACUGACGAACCAAUGUUACAAGUAUAUACUCAUGAAGUCAUUCCCUAGGGAUGCCAGCUGCAUUUUCACGUCGUCUCAUAAUGCCUAUCCUUCAGCUGCAGCAGUGCGUAAGUAUAUCAUGGAAAAGAGGAUCAGCCAGGUUGACCUGAGCGUAGCAGACAUCACGAUGCUGCUGGAUGUGCUGGUGUACGACGGCAAGGUCGAACGGUUUAUCGCACAAGUGGACGAUGACUGGGAUGACGAGGAUAUGGACACGGAGUCCGACUGGGUGUACAAGGCUGUCAGGGACAAGAAGGCUGAGUCGGCGUGGCAGGACUGUCCCUGCGGCGUCUGUCCUGUUGCCGAGUUCUGCACCGAGAAUGGGCCCGUCAAUGCAGCAGGCUGCAGCUACUACUCCAAAUGGCUGGACUUUUAG